GGAGUCUAGAGAGACCGGCUCAGAAAGUUGCCGGCGAGGAGGAAAGCCGUGACGCGCGGUCGCUCCCUGCCCCCGCAGAGGCGCCGGGGCGGGUGUGGGGCUCUUCUUUUCUCCUCCGUGAAAUCGAUCACGCCUCCAGACGGCUGAAGGAGAGCACUUUGCCACUCUUCACAGCUUCGCCCCAGCCUCUUUAGCUUUCAAUUGAAAACCAAUUAAAGGUUUCUAUAAAUCUGUUAGCGCCCCUUUUAUCUGGGGACCCCUGAUGCAUGCGAUAUUGCCCUUUAGAUGCCUCUUCCGUGUUUUGUUUUACAAUUGUUGUAUCAAUAGAAUGCAGCCUUUCUUCUCCUGUCUCUAUAGAUACAGAUACACAAGGAGAACCAAAGCUAUUCAGGCGCCUCAUUUGUCCAGCAGCCUAACAGUGGAGCCCUUUCUCCGCGGCUGCUUUGCCUGCUUCGCGAGCAGCAGUUAUGGGAGAAGCAGAUGGCUACUGAUUGGGGGAGCUUUGUGGCUCUAAUGCUGAAUACUUUAUGGAAAAGGACUUUAUCAUGCCUCGGUGGGCAGAGGAACAAGGGGAUGAGAUUUAUGGCCAGGAAAAAUAAAUCUUUUUCCAAGUUGUGGUUCCUUCUCACCAGUGUCUCCUUUGCUCCAAGGGCUUGAACCCGGAGGAACUGGUUUUAUUUUAUUCUGCUUUCUGCUAAUAGCCCAGUUCAGCCGGGAUCUGAGGGGAGAGCAGACUGAGAGCUCAGAGUCUCUGAAAUACCCCAGGUUGCUGUUGCUACAUCAGCAUUCUCUGCCCUCAGGAGCCAAAGAGAAGGGUUGGAGUGGCCAAUGCUGUUUGGGGCGUGUUUUCCUUGUUGCCCUGUUAGUUGCUGGGUUAAAAAUCAUCCUCCAUUAUUCUAUUAGGAACAAAAACAAAGCAAAAAAAGGUGAUGUUCUCCCACUCAAAAAGUCAGAGGGUGGUGCUGUAUUGAAGCAGAGAGAAGAUUAUGCGGACUUCCCGGCUCCCAUAGGUUCUGAGCUGUGAACACAAUUGCGGGAUGCCUGCAGAUGUAAGGUUUUGGGUUCCAGAAUCAGUUUCCAACUUUGGGAAAUAUACAGGCUCUAGCCAUCUUCUAGAGGCCUAAUUCGACCUCAGACCCAUCUUUAUCUUUUUUCUGUCCUUCCCAUCACCUGAGUUGUACUUCUCUUGACUCAGGGCACAUCCCAGCUGCAGUGUGCCUAUCUCCAUAUGCAGAGGGGUUGACUCCUGUCCCACAACCUGUUAACCUACAGCAGUGUCACCUCUCUCUCAGGGGCCAUAGCAUAGAGUCAUAUGGAGAUGCCUGCCGGCAGCCUAGCCCCUGCGAGGUAACAGCCAAUCCCGACACUGUGUCUCCAUUCCCAUUUCAGCCACACUCCCUGAUCUUUGAAAUGCCAUCUUUUGAUCCAGGAAACAUUUGUCAAGCCCUUCAUGUUCCCAGCACCCUUUCCCUGCCUUUUUAAAAUUGUUAUCCUGUUCCUAGAGACAGAAGAGGAAAGGCCAGAGGGACAGGUACUGGGCAACCAGAAGCAUCCCUAAAUUGCUCCCAACUGUACUUCUACCCCACACUCCAACAUGUACCUCGAUGUCCUGUUUCUCUCCAAAGAGCGAAAGUGUGGUAGGAGGGAGGGCUAAGAUUGAAAAAUGAUGUUGCCCAACAUUCCAAGGUGGCACACACUGAAAUGCUUUAAAUAGUCACUUUUGGGCUCUUCGCCUGUGCUGGACUGAGUGCGCUGCUAACCCCUCCCACUUAUUUCUUACUGGGAACCCUUUGAGCUAAGGAGUGUCAUCACCCCUAGUCCACAGAUCCCCUUGCUUCUCAGGAAAGGGAACACAGAGAUGCUGAGUUAUCCCAAGCAAGUGGCCCAGCUGGGCUCUGAACCCUGCAGUAUUCAUAGCCACUCUACAUACUUUACAAAAGAGGAAACCAAAGUUCAGACGGGUUAAGUGAUUUGCCCCAAGACACAUAGCUAGCAGACUGAAGAACCCUGCUCAACCCUGUUCACAAUCCCAAUUUCUAGCUCUCAGCUGUGUGUCUUGGCUCUUUCAAAAUGAAGAGCAAAUGACCUACCGCUGUCAGCGGGUGGUGGGUGCCCCAGAGCCGGAAGCGGUAGGUGUGAGGAGAGGGGAGCGCUUGUUUUGGGCUGCGGGGGCGCGGAGGCGGUACCUGGGACCUAAGGUGGAACCUAAGGUCGGCCACCGGGAGAACCCACCAGGCACCAGCCGCUGGGCCCACGGUGCCCCCGGGUCUUGGGUGUAGUGGAGAGCCAGGGUUGCCUCCCCCCCCCCCCCCCGUGCUCGUCUGAGCGCAUCUGGUGAGCGGCGCGCUUCGGGCCGUGGGGCUCCAGCCAACCAGCCGCACAUCUACACACUUUUCGUGACCCUGCAGCAGCCCUGGGCACUCUGACUGACCUGAGAUUCGCUGCAGCCAGACCCGGACCCGCCACACCCUGCCAGGCCUAAAGAAAGCACUUGAGGAAGUGCACAUCGGGGCAGAAGUCUGCUCUCCACCUCCCACACCGGGCCGCAAAGUAGUUGCUCUUCCAUUAGGCAGGUGGAGCGUGCGGAGGGCCCGGGUAACUGCCUGUGGGUGGCACUUCGGAGCCCUUCGGCCACAGAAAGGAUCCCUGGAACAGCUUCCUCGUGCCUGCUUUGUCCUCCAAUACUUCCUUCCGGGCAGCCUUGCCUGGUUCCCUUUCAAAGCCGGCGCCGACACACUUCCCAAAUGUUCUAGGGAGGAAGCGCAGGCGGUGUUAGUAACAAUAGGCACAUUUACGAGGUGCCAACUCUUGCUAAGCAUCAAGCCAGCGCUCACAAGAACUGUAUGGAGAGGGUUCCCUUUUAGCCCUAGGAUCACAGAUGGAGACCUGAAGCACGCACCGAUUAAGCUACCAGUGGAGGGCUGGGAUUCGAACCCGUGCACUGUAGUUUCCCUGGCGGAAUUGUGGGAUUGUCCGAGCCGGUGUUGUUGGUCCUUCUGCUAAGGUCACUUUUCCGGGCUUCUAAGGAGAAUGUUCGUUAAUAAAGGCGUUGAGACCUCCUCGCGAUGUCCAAGAUUGAAAUGAAACCAGCUCCGGCUCUUGGAAGUAAUCCCUUACCAUCUGCUCAGCAACUGGCUUUCCAAAGCGCGCUCGCCCUCGUUCCCUCCCCGAGCCCUGUCUGCGAUCUGGGAGGCAGCUCGUGCCAGCGUUAGCUCAACUGGAGGAGAACCGAGGCUGCGCUGGGUCGGGAAGAGACUGGAACACAGGCUCGAGCUCGGCCCGAGGAAGCUCGGGGAGCAGCUGGGCAAGGCUGUAGGCAGGCAGCAGGGCGGCGGUGGUGAAAGGAGCGUGGCUGUUCCCUGCGGCCCCGCCUUCGCGAACGCCUUUCCUGGCCGCGGCAAGGCAGGAGGCAAGUGUUGGCACUGAUUCCGGAAAGGCGAUAGGAGGCUGGAGACGAUGGAAGACGUGGCCGACCCUUGGGAACUACCCUUCGCUCCUGCUUAGCCCUGAGCGCGCUGCGAGGCAUCUUCCUUACCCCCGUUCACGCUUUGCACCUGCCGCUUCCUCGGCGGAUGGCGGCUUGUCUAGUUCUGCCCGCGUGGCGUCCUGGGUCAGGACUCUGCACUGUUUGGUGGGAGAGAUGUGUAUCCUUCCCGGGACUGUCGGGGCACCCUCUUUGGGGCUCUCCCAGGGAUACCUAUAGGAAGGCACGCCCUUGGGCUUUCUUUGCACUCCAGCUCCGUCCCUGUGCCUAUUACUCACACGUGGACCCUGGAGAAUUCCCAUAGCAGGAAUUGCCCUGUUGUGCUUGGCCUUGUUGCUUAAACUUUGGCCUCAAAUUAAGCUGGGAGGGUCCUUGGAAACAGAACACCAGUCCAAGGACCUUAUUUUACAAAUUCGGGGACCCUCCUUUCCUGUGUCUGGAACCAGCUUCCUAGGGCCUCAGGUAGACUGUGGAAUGUUGUAAAGUACCUGAUCACACACACUAGGUAUUACACAGUAAAACUAGACUCAGCAAAUACAUUCUUUGUUAGUCUACUCCAUUGGCUUAUGUAAGUCCAAUAACCUUCCUGUUUGAUUCACAAAAACUACUUUCUCAAAACCAUCUGACAUGAAAACAGGCUACAAGGAAGACUGAAUGUUAUGAAUAUGCAACCCAGGAAAGUGACAGCCUGGAACUUUAUUUUUAAUUGCUACCUUUGAUGAUAUUCUCUCCCAUCUCUUAAACACAUUUUCACACCCUCCCACCCCCUCCCCACACACAGAAGACCACUCUGAGCAGGUAUAAAAUUGUCCCAAUCUAGAUGGAAUUCUAGGCCUAGGGUAUCUCGAGGCCGUUAUGUUCAAUAUAUUUAUUUUCAGGAAUUUUUUGAAGGGUUGAUUUGGCAAAUCUAAGUAUUUGUAGAGUAUGAGCUUUCUUUAAAGGAGGUUCUGAAUUAUAUCUUGGUCAUUAUAUUAGAAGACCAGAGACUAUCAAAUCCAUCUGGAAAGCAGCUUUUCACACAGCAAGUUCAAGGUGAUGUAUACAACUUUCAGUCCUCCCCAUGCAUGCUUUAUCAUUUCCUCUACUUCACAAUGUAUAUCCAGUGCUGUUUUUAGUAGAGAUGUUGUUACCAUUGACAUUGAUCUGUGAGUUCUUAGGUGACCAUUUCUUCCAGUGUUGCCAUUGAGAAGAAGACUUACACUGGUAGUUUUAAGGUGCUUUUGAAACCCUGUUGAAAGCUGAACAGUCUUUGCAUAUGCUGUUUGGGGAGAGAUUCCCCCAUGGACACUAAAUUCAUUCCCCUGGAUUGUCAUGGAAUACCUGUGAUUCUUUGAAUUGAAAUUGGAAAAGAUGGUUUUUCCUCGAACAAUCCAAUAGGCAAUAUGAGCAGGGGCAGUGUGGGAAUGAGAACAUAAUUUAUGAAUUAAUUAACUGUGUUUUCAAGUCUCUAACAAAGCAAUAUGAAUCAUCACUGUUGUGGUUGUUACUAGUUGAUAUCUACCCUCCCGAAUCCAUUUAUUUAUUUAUUUAGUCUCUCUUUUCCUUAGAGAAAAUCAGACAUCUCUCUCCUCAAGGCCUGGAGGGUGGACCCCAGGUUAAACAUGUGACCAUGUUAGUCCUCUGCCUAUAUCCCUUUCCCAGGAGAGUGAUGCUUUCUGCUGCUCAUUCCCCAGCAGCUCAAUGUCUCACAUCCUAAGGCCACAACUCAGAAGGCUGGCAGGGAUCAGGUGCCAAGGAAUAAUCUACCUGGCAUAUGCACUCUGUGUGUCCAACAGUGCCUCCCUUUUAAACUCAGGGAUUCUAUAUAGCCUAAAACAAAGAAGACAAUUGGUGAGGCCCAGCUAUCAAAUCCUAAAAUAAUGUCCUUCCUCUGGGCUCUGUGAAAUUUGAUGCAGCUCUCUUAGUUUGGUAACAUUCCUAAGGCCUAUUGCCGGUCUUCUCAAAAUUUCAAUUGAGACAGCUAAAUACCCAUAGGGGACUGCUGGACACAAAGGCUAAGGAGGCUCAGAGUAGCUGACUGUGACAUGGCCAUAGUUCCUUCCCUUCCAUCUACCUCCCUACUGUGAUCUGUGAUGUUGGAGUCUGAAAGGGACAUUGGAACCUGCAGAAAACUAGGUUAUUCCUUCCCAGCCAGAUCUCUCUACAUCCAUCUGCAGAGGGGUGUAAAAGCCUGGCGAGUCAGUGUCAGGAUAUUAGAUAUGGGAUUUGGUCCACAAGUCACUCUAACAGAGGUGAGAGUGAGGCAUUGAUUUCAGAUCUGUGGUAGUGGCUGCCAAUAUCACUUGGGUGAGGUCCUACACAGAAGCUGUUAAGCAAGUUGAUUACAGCCCAGAUCCAGGAGAGGACAUGAAUGAUAAUACAAAGCUCUCAAAGACUCUUCAACUCCCAGCUGAACUCCAUCAGAAGCACAAGUGGAACCUGGGAAAAUUUGAAAGUUAGGAAAGGUAGACAGUAACCAUGAUGACAACAGUAGUGGUAACUGCAGCAGCCACAGCAGCAGCAGCAUUACAAAUAGUACCAUUUAUUGGGAAGGAGGAAAUGCCAAGGAAGGAGAAGUGUGAGUGGGAGUAAUGAUCCCUACAGUUAGGAGUCUGAAGAUCUUCCUCAGAGGCUACAGAAUUAUCCACCCUUGAGUCUCCGGCUCUCCCAUGUCUAGCUUUGGAAAGAUUCACUCAUUUCACCUGGUGAGCCAACUACAGUUCUUAGGAUGAGGAACAGAUCCAAAUCCUUCUUUCUCUCUGAGAACUUUCAUCUACUCAGCAAGUCUGCCUUUUCUUGACUCAUCAAGCUGUAAAAUGAAAUAAUUAACAGAUGGAGAUAACCUCCCCCCCCCUUUUAAACCUAUCACGUAUCAUCCUCUGAUAAAGGUAGAAUGGUAGGAAACAAGUGAACAACCUUCUGAAUAUUUUUGGCCUAGGACUGUUUUUUCCUCAAACCAACAACCCAUCAUUUGUUUCUCUUUCAUGUACAACUAGUCAAUCAAGUUUAGCCCUAAGAAAAUUCGAUACUCUGCAUGCUGAGGUGGGAUAAUGCAAUGCUGCUUCUUCAAGUUCCGUUCUCUGCCUCCUUCAACCAUCGUAGUCCCCUCCAGAGGCUUCCCUGUGAGAAAUAAUAAGCUUAGGAAAGAGCUGCCGCCCGUCUGCUUCAUUGGCAUCCUCCUGUCUUCCAGGGUGUUUCUCCUUUCACCGUGAAUUGCCAUACUCUUUUGACUACCAAGCCUUUGCUAGAACAGUGCUUUGAAAAAUAGGAUUAGAGGGAGGUAGACCUAGGGGGAAAAAAAAAGGGAGGGGGGAGAAAGUGCUGUUUCCAUUCACAUAGGUAAUUAUCUUUAAAUGAGCUAUUCUUACAGCUAAGAAAUUUGGGGCCCUAUUUCUCAGUCUUGGGUGGGAGGAGGAAAGGCAUUCCCAAUCUAAUUCUCAGAACCCGAUUUCCUUUCUGACCCUUUCUCCACCCUCUCACUUAGAUCAUAAAAGGCUCUACCUCAGGGAUCAUUCAUCAAGCUCUCUCCAGCCUUCUCUUCCAAGACAACCCUGCAGUUGUCUACCCAUGAUUUUUUACUAUGACUGCAAGAAACCUUGCUAAGGUGGAGCAAGAUGAGCAUACCCACUCUUCAUUGUCUUCCUUCUAAUCAUUUAAUUGGAAAUAAAAUCUCGGGGAAAAGAGCCUCAAAUAUAUGCAUAAACCCAUUGUUCCAUGUGAAUUUCAUAAAACUAUUGGCUGGGGUGCAUUUUUAUAGUACUAUCCAAAGCUGAAUAAAUGCCUCAACCCUUCAUUUAGUAUCAUUGAAUUCCAGGAAGUAAUAACGCACAGUGAUUUCAAACUAGUUUAUGCACCAUUUUAGCCCAUAAAUUGAAAGAGAAGUGAAAAUAAUUGUAGAUUUUCUUUAUUUCAUGUUAAUAAUUGUCAUUUAGAGCAUUUGUAAUACCAAGCAAAAUGCAUACCACUUAAAAUACUGGAAAAUUCCCCAAGUAGGAAUUUCAACUUAGUCUUACCCUUACUUAGUAUCGGUUAUGGUAGUCACUUAAACUGAAAGACAAAGAAUUGAUAGGGUUCAUAAAAUGUGAGAAAUAUAAUUUAUUUAGGGAUCUUUACCUGAAAUCAAGAGGAGAAAUCUAAUUAAUGGGGAGGUGGGAGUGAAAUGAAACAGAGAUUCCUAAUGGGCAGAUUCUCAAUGAAUCUCUCUCCUCUCUGCUGUAUAGAAUUGUAGUUCUUUUAUAGCCUGAGUUUUGGAAGGUCAAGCUCUUCCACCCACAAUUUAUGCAUCAGAAACAUUGUUUAUCUACAGUUUGUUAUGCAAACUGUAGCCAAGUUUUCAGUACUUUCAAGGAGACACCAUCUGAAUACUCUGUAUGUAAGAGGAGAAAGACCAGGCACAAGAGAUACAUCUUCCAGUUAGAGUUUGUUUUCUAAAUGCCCACAUUCUGGAGUGGAUGGCUUUAUAUUUACAGUAUGUAAAAGGACUUCUCAAAAGUGGCUUGCAUGGACAGAUGACUUUUCCAGGGAAAGACACACUUAUUAUUCUUUAAAUGAUAGCACAGGAAGGCAUUGUGGAGUGUUCUGUUCAACAGAUGAGCAGAAUGAAGGUCUUGAACAUUGCCCUCUCCACCCGGCCCCAGGGCACAAUAUGGCCUGUAACAGGCUGCAGUGUCUAAGGCACCUCACCUCUCUUGGGCUCUUUCUCUGUUAAUCUGCUGUUAUUUACACCUGUGCCUGUCUUGCCUUUUGUUUUUCUUCUUUCUUUUCUGAAUCCACAUUAAGUUUCUGGUCACUGUUAUUCAACCCUGAGGAUUAUUUUCCAGAUGUUUGAGACAAUUCUUUCAACAUUUCUAACCCUUCCACUCUUCUUUUAAAGAAGUAGUGGGCAGGAGUGCUUUCACCUGAGAGAGUGAGGAAGCGAAAGAUCUGGAAUUUAGUGGAGCAGCCACAGCCAUAAGACAAAUGGCAGCUAAAUACAGCUGCAGAUUCUUAUACACAGAAUUGUGACGCCACUCCUUGCACGGACCCUUUGCCGAACUAAAUCUGUACAUAUUCAUAUAAGAGAAAUGCCAUCUAAACAGAAGAGAAUUGCAGUGUAAGAUACUUACUUUGAGAAGUCAGUGGCUAACGUGGAAAUUAAGUGAGCACCUCUGUCCUUAUUGCAACCCUUCUUUCUCUCGGCCCCAGCUUAAUCUUGGGUAGUGGCCCUGUCUGAUCAGAAGGAUUUGGCACUUUCAUGAGAUGCGAAGCAGAAAAGAAGAAGGAACAGGGCAGGCAGGUGAAUGAAGAGAACUCAGUGGGAAAUCUGCACUCUUCAUUUCUCCUGGGCAACACCCUUGCCUGGCUUUCUUGGAGGGCAGGCACUUUCAAGGAGAGGUGUUCUGUGCCUUGCUGACCUACUGGGUUCCGAGAAGAGGUCUCAGAGCUCUGAGAGGAUCAGAGUGAUGCAGGAAGCCGCCUUUUGACAACCCCCAAUCUAGUCACCUUAUUUCAACCCUGGAAAUAAACGAGGCUUUUUCCUUCCCUCCUCCUUAAGGUGUGGUUGUGCCUGGUCCACUUUAGUAGGCUGCACAGUCCGAUUUAUCCUAAAGCUGACAGAUUGCAGACUUCAAUGGGGUGGUGGUGUGGGUGGGGCUGGGGGAGGUGAGGGACCAUCUAUUUCACUCAAAGUAGUAGAGGGUUGAACAGCGAAAAAGAACACAAGGUUCCCUCAGCGACACUGCCUUGCGACCCCUGUUGAAGGAGUCAACUUUCAGGCUGUUAAAGACCUCAACUCAUUAGCAUCAGCUGCUGCACUAAAGGGGCCAGCCAGCGCCUCUAAGUGGCUCGCGCGCAAACGAGGCUCCAGAGACAGCAACGGCAACUCCAUCCACUCCUCCAGCACGCACCGGCUGGACGCGAAAAGCUCUCGGGAGCCUAUCGUGGCUGAGCCUACAAGACAGAAACACCACCACCCCUUGACAUGGAAACACACUGAUACAAUAGGCAAAAAAGGACACCUCGUUGCAUUUCCCGGUUCCAGGUGGCCUUAUCUGGCCAAUUCGAUCCUGACCUUAUUCCUGUGAUGGAGGACUCGGGCAUGCAGCGAGGCAUCUGGGAUGGAGAUGCCAAGGCUGUCCAACAAUGUCUCACAGAUAUCUUUACCAGCGUUUACACCACCUGUGACAUCCCAGAGAAUGCUAUAUUCGGUCCCUGUGUCCUGAGCCACACUUCCCUGUACGACAGCAUAGCUUUCAUAGCUCUCAAGUCUACAGACAAGAGAACAGUUCCUUACAUCUUCCGGGUCGACACUUCAGCAGCAAAUGGUUCCUCGGAAGGUCUAAUGUGGCUGCGACUGGUCCAGUCUGCCAGGGAUAAGGAAGAGCAGAACCUCGAAGCCUACAUCAAAAACGGCCAGCUCUUCUACCGCUCUCUCCGCAGGAUUGCCAAAGACGAGGAGUUGCUAGUUUGGUACGGGAAAGAACUGACUGAGUUACUCUUGCUCUGCCCCUCUAGACCCCACAGCAAAAUGAAUGCAGGGUCGGCCCCUUACACAUGCCUGGAAUGCAGCCAACGUUUCCAGUUCGAGUUCCCCUAUGUGGCGCAUCUGCGUUUCCGUUGCCCCAAGAGACUGCACAGCGCCGAAAUGAGUCCCCAGGACGAGCAAAGCGGUGGCGUGGGCACCAAGGACCACGGCGGCGGGGGCAAAGACCAACAGCAGCCGCAACAGGAGGCACCCUUGGGUCCAGGCCCCAAGUUCUGCAAAGCCGGCCCACUCCACCACUACCCGGCGUCCACACCCGACAGUAGCACUCCACCCGCCGCGGCCGGCGGCAGCAACGCCAAGCCAUCCACGGACUUUCACAACCUGGCCCGGGAGCUGGAAAACUCCCGGGGAGGCAGCAGCUGCUCCCCAGCCCAGGGCCUCGGCAGCGGCGGCGGCCACCAGGAGGCGGAGCUGAGUCCCGACGGCAUAGCCACCGGCGGCUGCAAAGGGAAGAGGAAAUUCCCGGAGGAGGCGACCGAGGGCGGCGGCGCGGGGCUGGUGGGGGGCCGGGCCCGCUUCGCUGAGCGGCCCCUGCCGGCCUCCAAGGAGGAUCUGGUUUGCACCCCGCAGCAGUACCGCGCCUCGGGCAGCUACUUCGGCCUGGAAGAGAAUGGCCGCCUCUUCGCGCCGCCCAGCCCGGAGACGGGCGAGGCAAAGCGCAGCGCCUUCGUGGAGGUGAAGAAGGCUGGCCGCGCCGCCAGCCUGCAGGAGGAGGCGACCGCCGACGUCGCGGGAGCGGCCGCCGAGGACCAGGACGCAGGCGGCGGCGGCGGCGGCUCCUCCACGCCCGCCGCCUCGUCGCCCUCGGGCGCCGAGAAACUGCUGGCCCCGCGGCCCGGGGCUGCGCUGCCCAGCCGGUUGGAGGGCGGUAGCCCCGCGCGGGGCAGCGCCUUCACCUCGGUGCCACAGCUGGGCGGUGCGGGCGGCGGCGGCGGCGGCGGGGGCGCAGGGGGCGGCAGCGCAGGGGGCGGCGCGGGCGCUGCGGCCGCGGGCAGCGCGGGCGGUGGCCAGGGCGCCGCGGGCGACGAGCGCAAAAGCGCUUUCUCGCAGCCGGCGCGCUCCUUCUCGCAGCUGUCCCCGCUGGUGCUGGGCCAGAAGCUGGGCGCGCUCGAGCCUUGCCACCCUGGAGACGGCGUGGGCCCCACCAGACUCUACCCCGCCGCCGCGGACCCUCUGGCCGUGAAGCUCCAGGGGACAGCGGACCUGAACGGGGGCUGCGGGGCCCUGCCCGGCGGCGGUGGCGGCGGCGGCGGCGGCCUACCCAAGCAGAACCCCUUCCUCUACGCCACCGCCUUCUGGCCCAAGAGCUCGGCGGCCGCAGCAGCGGCGGCCGCGGCCGCCGCGGGGCCCCUGCAGCUGCAGCUGCCCUCUGCGCUCACGCUGCUGCCACCCUCUUUCACCUCGCUGUGCCUGCCGGCGCAGAACUGGUGCGCCAAGUGCAACGCCUCCUUCCGCAUGACCUCCGACCUGGUGUACCACAUGAGGUCGCACCACAAAAAGGAGUACGCGAUGGAGCCCCUGGUCAAGCGGCGGCGGGAGGAGAAACUCAAGUGCCCCAUUUGCAACGAGUCCUUCAGGGAGCGCCACCACCUCUCCAGGCACAUGACCUCGCAUAACUGACACGGAAAGCACCCCGGCGUCCCGCGCGCUCGCGCGCACAGUCCACCCAACUACUGGAACAAACUCGCGAGGACAGCCACCACUUCCUUGCGCCUCGCAGCACUGCGCCCAAACACAGGUGCACACCCGCACGCUCAACACACACACACACACACACACACACACACACGUGCUCCGCCCCCAGAGGAGCCCUCCCAUUCAGAUGUUUACUCGGGACACACACUGGAGACAGCAUGGUGGACUUCUGAUUGGGGGGUUGUUAGAAGGGGUUUUGUUUUGAAUGCACGCAUUUUCACUUUCCCAAAAACAAAGGUACAUUUUUAAAAAUGUCAUAUAUUGCAACAUAUUGAUGCAUUUGUCAUACGUUUCUACUUAAAUUAUUAAGCACUUAACAAUUUAGAUGUAAUAACUAUAUGUAAGGACAAAAUUUAUUUUAGAUAUAAAGGAGAGGAGGAAGGUGAGAUGCUUUCUGCGAUCUUGAUGACAGUUUGUGUUCUUACAAAAAUAACAAAACGAAUAAAAAACGGGGUCGCCAUUCAAUUUAAGUUUCCAGGGGAAAGUGCAUGUAUCAUGAAAUGAUUAUGGACUUCAAUGAAGAAUGUCAUCAAUUAUGUAAAUAUGUAUUUCCUUUUAAUACAAAGUGUAAUUUUGUGCCAGUGAAAUGGAGUCUGAAUAGUUAUGUGUUUCUUUUAUCCUUGGAAAGAUUUAUUAAACUUUAUAGUUUAUCCGGAUAUGUUGGAUGCUUUGACAAUAAAAUACUAUUUUCUUCAAAGCAA